AAAGUGAAUCGGGCAAGGUCUUGACCAAAUGCACCACUCCCUCCCAAUCGCGAAUCCACCCUUUCUUGAGGCGCUCGCUAUAUAAGCGGAGGACGCGUCAGACAGGCAAUCAGAUAGCACCCACAACACUAUCCGACAACAUGCACAGAUUCAUUGUGGUCCUCUCCAUGGCUGUGGCCGUCGCCCAGGCCCAGUACUUGCUGUCCGCCGGCGUUCCCGCCGUCAGCAGCCACCAGUACCACGCUCAGGACGAGCUGGGACAGUUCUCGUACGGAUACGCCGGCGGCCCUUCCGCCAAGCACGAGGUCAAGACCUUUGACGGUGUGACCCGUGGUGGCUACUCGUACGUCGACGCCAACGGCCUCCUGCAGAGCGUCAGCUACGUCGCCGACCCCAUCAACGGAUUCCGCGUGGCCGCCACCAACCUGCCCGCCGCCCCCGCCCACAUCGCUGCCGCCCCUGUCGCCGCCGUCCCCCAGACCGUCUACCUGCAGGACGCCCCCGACGUGGCCGCCGCCAAGGCUGCCCACUUCGCCGCCCACGCCGAGGCCAAGGCUCGUCUCCUGGCCGCCUACGUUCUUCCCAUGCUCCUGGCCGCGGUCUCCGCUGGCAACCUCCCCGUCGCCCCCCUCGCCUACUCGGCCCCUCUGGCCUACGGCGCCUAUGGUGCUUACGGCUAUGCCGCCGGCGCCCCCCUGAUCAAGACCAUCGCCGCCCCCGCCGUCGCCACCUACGCCGCCGCCCCCGCCAUCCAAUACGCUGCUGCCCCCGCUAUCCAGUACGCUGCCGCCCCCGUCGUUAAGACCGUUGCCGCCCCCGUGGCUUAUGCUGCUCCCGUCGCUGCCCCCGUCGCCUAUGCCGCCCCCAUCCAGGUCCCCGUCACCAAGACCGUUCACUACGAGAACAGGCCCGUCGUCACCGGCUACAGCAGCCAGAUCCUGAAGCCCGCCCUCCCCGCCACCGGCCUGAUCACCCCCUCUGAGAUCGUGACCAAGCAGCGUGUCCUCGCCCCUGCCCGCUCCAUCCAGACCCUCACCCCCCAGGUCACCAGGGUUGAGCCUGAGGUCGUCGUCUCCAAGGUUGAAGUCGAUGUCCCUGUUGCCAAGCCCGUGCCCGUUGAGCACGUCGUCCGCUCUUACGCUCCCCAGCAGAUCAUCCCCGUGCCUGCUGCCCCCGUCGUCAAGACCAUCGCCGCCCCCGCCAUCGCCACCUACGCCGCUGCCCCCGCUCUUCAGUACGCCGCUGCCCCCGCUCUGCAGUACGCCGCCGCCCCCGUCGCCACCUACGCCAAGACCAUCGCCGCCUCCCCCCUUGCCUACGCCAACUAUGGCUACGGUUACGCCGCUCCCCUCGGCUACGCCGCCGCCCCCGCCGUCGUCAAGACCAUCGCCUAAAUCACCACUGAGAUCCUCAACCGCGUUUAGACUGAUGGUGUGACACCACGCGACACCAAUUAUGGCGCACCUUCAUGGGCAGUAAUAAUCGAAUGCAUGAGAGUCUAUGCCUGAACAUCUGAAUAAAACUAUUUAUGAGUGAGGAGUAUGAGAAUAUACAAAAA